GCCUGUUGAGGGAGGAGUACCUGAUUCGCUUUUGAAAGAUUCCCCCACGCGCAUUCGCAUUUUGAGUCCUCCAUUCCCAGCCCAAUAAAGACUGACCCUCCGAUUCCUUCGUUCCGGUGCUCCGGAAAAGGAGGUCGUCCUCUUGCAUACUUGAUACUCCUAUCCCAUCUCUACCUCUCUCUCUCUUUACUGCCUGCUACUCACUGCCAUUUCCAACCUGGACUGUUCUGUUUCUUCUUCUCCAGUCCACCUUCUUCGGCUUAGUUAUAUAACCUCAGGGCUCGCUUGUCUGAGUUCAUUCUUUGCUAAAUCAAACCUCGCUUGUCAGUCAAUUGCCACUCUUGAUCGCCAAUAGUACGUAUGGUCAAUUGGUUUAAUUAGGGGGUAGCAGCAAUAGUGUCUAUAUAGUGAAGGGCAAUCGGGCAAACAUGACAGCUCCAAACAAGGGAACGAUCACUGCAUCCAUUGAGAGAUCCCUUCGAAAUUGUUCUUUAAACCAUCACCAAAGCAGCAGCAGCGACACUGCUAGUGCAGGCAUCAUAGGAGGCCCAGCAGGGUUUGUGGCUGCUGGCGGGUCCUCGACGUCAGAUUCCACCAUAAAUCUUGAUUUCCCGGACAACGCGUUAGAGCUCCAUUCUGAUAUCCGGCUGCCUUACUAUUGGGAGCAAUGCCUCGAUUUAAAGAGUGGGGAGGUGUACUAUAUUAACUGGAGGACAGGGAUGAAAUCACAAGAGGAUCCAAGGACAAAUCCAGAAAUGCAGCAUGUGAGGAAUGGGGGUUUAGGUUUAUCAUGGUCAGAGGAGGAGGAGGAUGAGGAUGAUAGCUGGUGCGAGAGCGAAGGGUCGUCCACGGAGGAGUCGUCUCCUUCAACUUCUUCUAGACAGCAGCAAUGCCGCCGCCGCUACUCCAAUUCCAAUUCCAAUUCCAAUUCUUCUCCUUCUGGUGCUACUCCCCGUCAUCGUCAUCGUCAUCUUCAUCUCACUGCUGAGACCAACAUCCACCACGACAAACCCCAAGUACUGGUGGUAGCUGGUUGCAAGAGCUGUUUCAUGUACUUCAUGCUCCCAAAACAGGUUCAAGAUUGCCCCAAGUGUUUUGGUCAACUUCUCCAUUUUGAUCGAUCCGAAGAUGCAUCUCCAUGAGCCCACACCCCACCACCCCUUCCC